AUGGAAGAAGAUAUAGUGUGGGAGAUUGGGGAGAUCGAAGCCCAAGGAGGAGGAGAGUCGCCGCCGUUGUUUGACCAAGCCACGCCGCCGCCGCUUUACCCGCCGGCGUCGGUCUCGUCACUCACCCGAGGCGAUGCCGCCGCCGCUUCCAUCAGCAACAAGCGCGGCCGCGUCGCCGCCUCCAGCAAGGCCAUCCAAGGCCUGCGGGAGGUGACGGCGCCGCCGACGGACGGGUCCGACGACGACUGCUGCGCCAUCUGCCUUCAGGAUCUCGAUUACUCCGACAAGGCCCAUCCAGUUCCGGUGAGGGCCAUGCCUUGCUCGCACACCUUUCACGAGCACUGCAUCUUCGAGUGGCUCCGCCGGAACGCCGUCUGCCCUCUCUGCCGCCACCAGCUGCCCACGGAGGACGACCACGAGCAGGAUUAUGCAGAUUACAUUGCAAUAUAUGCUCAACUGACCUGGAGCCCUCAUCAAGAAUGCACGAUUAACUAUGAAAUGGUGCCUACUUACAGCUGCAUGACACAGAUUACUGUCCUCGGCUCGAGCAGGGGUCAAUGGAAUUCAGUUGGCAGCUGUGACAAGGAAACUGAACCGAUAGCGAAUGAACAGGAACCUGCACCAUACACCUUGGUGUACCUGAAUACAACAAAGAUGUCUGACUACAGGAAGGAGGUACACCCUUCAGUCUAUCGCAAACAGAAGUUGACUGAGGAGGAGAGGACAUCGCCUGACAAGAAUGAAUGA